CGUAACUUCGGGUCUGUGGGCGGGUACAUUCUUCGAGUACCUUUGCCAGCAAUGGGUGACAAGUCACUACCGUUCCCAUCCCGCACAGCUCUUGGCCUAAAUCCUCUCUCCGGUCACUGGAUGAUGCUGGACUUGGCCGAACCCUCGCUCGUGGAUGCCUUCGGAACCUUCGGAGUCGGUCAUUGUACAUUUUUUUUUUGACCUUGUCACCACUUACACACACGCUGCCGAGCAUACUUGCUGCCACUCCCCUCGCGUCUACCACGGUCGGUGACUUCUUUCUCGCGGCCGCCGCCUUACCUUACAUGGGGUGGGUAGGAUGACUUCCAGGAAACCUCCCUGGACAGCAUGUGCGAUACACCAACGGUACUUUCUCGCACCAUCCCGUAAGGAACGAUGGAGAUGGGGAAUGCGCAUGGGUAUGACCUGACUUCUGGCUGCCCGGUCUCAAGGUACCCAAAGCCCGGCCAUGUCAUCGCCGUGUACCGACGCCAGCUCCAAGAAGCUAUCGUUGGCCUAUCCUUCACCGUGGCUCUGUACCUCACUUACACCUCUAGACAAGAAUCUUGUCGCAAAAGGACUUCUCUCGGUCUCCGCUACGGUGCUGGCGCCGGUGCGACGUCUCUGCUUCUCUCUUCGCUAGACCCCACUCUGCUUGUUGUUUAAUAAAGGCGACCCGACCUCGCUCUGGCUCACUGUGUCUUCUCAAUUAUCUUGAUGCCUACCCUUCUGCCCUCUGCACUUGCGUACGAAGCUGCAAAGAAGCGUCAGGAAGUCCUCUCACCAAUCCUACGGUACUUUGUCUGCAAAGAUCCGGGGAAACUUCGAGAUCCUCUUUGCGACAUAGACGAGCCUGACAUUAAUCUGUCUUCCUCUUGCGACAACGGACAGCCCCGUCGCAUUAAGGCCCUUGAUGAGGUUAUCAGUUAGCCAAAUCACCACGGCGUUGGUACUGGGCAUUGCGCCCUUGGUUGUUGCUCACAGCGCUCACGAAGCUGGCGCCGACGCCAUGGAGAUGGACAUGGGCAUGGCCCACGGCGCAGACGAGCCGAAAGCCGAAUCCAAAAGCUAUCCGCCAACAUACUUUGCGCUCGCCGACCAUGCCGGAAUAAUGUACGCACACAUUGGACUUAUGGUGCUCGCCUGGGUAUUUGUACUGCCAAUUGCUGUGAUGCUUUCCAUUGCCCGCUCUAGAUAUACACUUGCGCUACAAUUUGUUUUCAUGGCCGUCAACGCGCUUGGGGUUCUUCUGGGAACAAUCUACAAUGCCAGCACGCCUGAUCUCUACCCCAACAAUGCGCACCACAAACUGGGCUGGCUGGUGACCUGGGUCCUCUUGGCGCAGGUCCUGAUCGGCCUUGUAGGAAGAGUUGCUGGCGCUCUGAGGCACGACAGGUGCGGAACAUCCGACAAUAACCAAUACCAGUCAUUCAUCCCAGUAACUACGGCUGCUAUGGCAGAGCACCACCGCGUCAACAGCUCUCGAUAUGCUAGCGAGUAUCGCCUGUCCAACGACAGCGGGCAGGGCACCGAGCCUUGUACCGAAUCGCUCCGGAGUCAUUCCCGCUCCUCAUCGUCCAAUGAGGUAUCCCCGCGCAACUCCGACGCCUACCUAAAGGAGUACGCCGAAGAAGAGGACGAUAUUGAAGAUGGCCUUCCCAUGCCCAUGCCGAGUAACAGGGACGAGAACACCAGUGCCAACCCCAGGUUGGCGAUUGCAAGAGUAGCGGGGAAGAUUCCUUCGCGCUUGUUGAAGGGCUUGGUGUUUUUCUACAGCUCAAUCGAUAGACUUAUCUUGCCGCUGGGGUUUGUCACGUUGUGCCUAGGUAUUGUGACCUAUGGGCGGUUCUUUGAGGGCAACGGCAUCUUCAGCGGUUUGGCGCAUUGGGUCAAGGGCGGUAUUUUCUUUUGGCUUGGCUUAUUGACCCUUGGUCGAUGGACGGGCAGCUUUGGUGAACUCGGAUGGGCGUGGAAUGUUCGACCGAAGCGUGCCGACGGCAAGUGGCGGCCUUCGGCCGAGUUUGUCGAGAGCGCCCUCAUUUUCGUCUACGGAUCGACCAACAUUUUCCUCGAGCAUCUUGGGAACUGGGGAGGAGAAUACAGCGCGCAGGAUUUGGAGCACAUUUCAAUUACUGUUCUCUUCAUUGGUGGUGGACUGGUCGGCAUGCUCAUCGAGUCCAGUCGGGUUCGAGAGCUCUUGAACACAUCGGUCAUCAACGCUGCUUCUGAGUACUACCACGACGAGGAAGAGCAGAAGAAGGAUCUCCAGGCGCCGAAGCAAUACGAGUUCUCCAUAAACCCCAUCCCGGCACUCGUCAUCCUUCUCCUGGGCAUCAUGAUGAGCUCGCACACACAGCACUCUAUGGUUUCCAGCAUGAUUCACAAGCAAUGGGGUAACCUCCUCACCGGCGCCUCUUUUGCUCGUGGGUUCUCCUAUGUCAUCAUGUACCUGAAGCCUCCAAAGUCCAUUCUCCCGUCUCGACCUCCCACGGAGCUCCUUGCCGCAUUUGGCCUGAUUUCUGGUGGGAUCAUCUUCAUGGCGAGUGCUAGCGACACAGUCGAAGGCAUGGAACACUACAACCUGGAUGCCAUGUUCAUGUACACCGUGACCAUGGGACUUGUAGGCGUCUUGAUGGCCUGGGUCAUCAUUGUGUUGGCCAUCAAAGGCUGGGCUGUGCGCAAGGAGGCCGGCCGCCGGUCGUAUCGGCUGCUCUGAUUUAUCGACGAAGGAUUAGACUUGGGUUGCUUGUGAACCGCAUUAGGUGGUAAGAAGUGCUGGUACGGAACUACGACGGUAAUGACGCAGUAAUGGGUAUGCGGUCGACAACGGCAUUAGACAGCGACGGCACGUGUGAAGCAUGGCUGAGGGCGUUUUCUUCUUCUUCUUUUAGUCUUUAAUCCUAGAGAUACCCUUAUGACAGUCUAGAGAAUUGAGUCGUCA